AUGGGAAUAUCAGCAGAGCAGCAUCGUUUGAGAACUGGCCUUCACACCGGCGGGCAAAAUAAAAUUCGUAGUCGUGCAACCAAUCAUUAUGGAAAGGACUAUGGUACCAAAACUGGGAAGUUUUUAUCAUCAAUGUUGCUCUGCCUACUUCUGCUGCUAAUCUCUGGAGUGGAAUCAAACCCUGGUCCUCAAUACAACUGCAAGCUGAUCUCUGCCAUUACAACAACUGUUGUCACUUCCUUUAACGCUUUCUAUUUCAAUAGAAUGGGAAUUGCAGUAGAACAGCAUCGUUUGAGAAUUGGUCUUCAUGCCGGAGGGCACAACAAACUUCCCAAUAGCACAACCAAUCAUCAAGGAAGUCAACAUGGUACCAAAAUGGGGAAUCUUUUACCAUCAAUACUGCUGUGCUUACUUCUGCUGCUUAUCUCUGGGGUGGAAUCAAACCCUGGUCCUGAAUGUAACUACAAGCUCAUCUCUGCUAUAACAACUGUCGCUGCUUUCUUUACCGCUUUCUAUUGCAAUAGAAUGGGAUUAUCAGCAUAACACUAUAGUACCAAAGUCGGGAAGUUUUUACCAUCAAUAUUGCUCUUUUCACUUAU